CAGCAACAACAACAACAACAACAACAACAACGCUCAUAUGAAUCAAUGAAAGAAGAUUAUAAACAAUUAAAGGUUGAUUUAAUAUUAAAGAAUCAAAUUAUUAAGAAUUUAACUGAUCAAUUAAGUUUAAUUAGCAAAUUAAAGACAAAAUCAUUAACUGAAGUGAUGAACACUACUAGUUCCACUACUAAUAAUGGAAUAAAACUUGCUAAAAAUCAUUAUCAAUUAUUUCAAGAUUUAUCGAGAACGUUACAAGAGAAAACGAUUGAAUUAGAAGAAACUAAAUCUCGAUUAGAGGCUAUAUUAGUUAGUUUAACCGUUACCAAUAAUUCUAAUAAUAGUAGUUUUAUUAAACAAGGUCAAUAUGAUGAACAAGAAUUAAGCCAUAAAAUAAUUAGUAAGAUUGAAGGCUUAACAAAUGAGAAUGAAACAUUAUUAAAAUUAAUUAGUUUUGGUAAUAAAUCCAGUUUAUUGAUUGAAUUGGGCUUAUUAAAACGAGAAAAUAAUAGUUUAAAGGAAAAGUUGCAAAAAUAUGAGAAUAGUCUUUAAAUUGAUUAAAAGAGAAAAAAUAGUAUCAGCCAAAAGGCUUUGGUUUUAAUUAUUUGUUUUAUAGCUUAAGAGGGUUAAAAAAAAAGAAUUUAUAUUGCUAAAUUAUUAUCUAUGUUAUUGUCUUCAUUUUUUUUUAUGUUUCAAAUACGUUUGACUUGGGUAUGUGCUAUGAGUUAAGCAUUUUUUUUUAGAUUGCAAAGUCAAUUUUGUUUCGUUUUGUUUCAUUUCAUUUUAAUUUUAAUUUUCAAUUUCACGUUCAUUUGUCUUGUUUUUCUUAUUGUUUGAUGUUUAACACGUAACAUAUUUGUUAAUAGUAGUGUUUUGAUUUGUUGUGUGUUGUUGUUAUUAUUAUGGGUUUAAAGAGUUGGCUUAAUCAUUAACUUCAACAGUCUGUUGUUUCGUUGAGAGUUGAGUUUGAGUUUGAGUUUGAGUUUGUUUAUGUUACUUACUUAUUUAUUUAUAUUUACUUACAUCUAGUUUAAGUCUCAGUU